AUGUAUAUAUUGAAACUAAAUAUGAAGAUAAUUAUAUUUACUAAUAUUGGUGCGUUUAUUCUUUUAACUUGGAUAUAUCAUUUUAACAUUGAUGUGAGAUAUUUUAGUAAAUUUUUGGAAGACAAUUAUUACCACAGUAAUAAAUUAGAUGCAAGAACUUAUAGAUUACUAGGAGAAUAUGAAAAGCUCAAAGAUUCAAAAAUUGUAUAUUUAAAAAAGGAUGUACCACAUAAUGUAAAAUACGAAAAAAAAAAUAUAUGUAAUAAUGAAAAAUGGACGGAAAAAAAAGAAUCUAAUAGAAAUUUAUUGAAUAUGGCUCAUUAUUAUACUCAAGUUACAGAUUACAAUAAUGGAAUAUUUGAUGGGAAGCAUUUCCAUUUUGAAAGAAAAUGGAUUAAAAAUAAAGAUUAUGAACAUUUUCUUGAAAAAAAAAGAAGAAUUUGUGAUAUAUCCUUAAGAAAAAUAAAACUUAGAAAAUACAAAGUUGGAAUUGAUCUAUUUUUACUUUUUUUCUUUUUGGGAAUAGGAUUAUCCGUAUUACCACGAUUACCAUUUAUGGAAACUGUAGAUAAAUGGAUGGAAAAUGACUCAUUAUUAAAAGGCUUUCAUAGUGCUCUAAAUAGCCUGGGAAAUAAAGGAAAUUUCUAUAUUUAUAUAGGAUUAUUCAGUGUAAUUAUCAUAAUAUUAUCAGUAAUAGUUAUAAUAGCCAUUUAUAAAAUUUUAAGAAACAAUGAAAAAUAUAAUAGAGUUAAGUUAAUGACGGAGUAA